GGCGGGGCCCGGCGUGCGCCUGCGCCUUGGCCGCGCGCGAAGAUGGCGGCCGCCGCGCCGGGCGCUGCCAUGGACGAGGAGUACUUCGGGGGCGCGGCCGAGUGGGGCGACGAGGCGGACGGCGGGCAGCAGGAGGACGACUACGCGGAGGGGGAGGACGACGCGGAGGUGCAGCAGGAAUGUCUGCACAAGUUCUCCACGCGCGACUACAUCAUGGAGCCCUCCAUCUUCAACACCCUCAAGAGGUAUUUCCAGGCCGGAGGGUCCCCGGAGAACGUCAUCCAGCUCCUGUCGGAGAACUACACGGCCGUGGCGCAGACGGUCAACCUGCUGGCCGAGUGGCUCAUCCAGACAGGCGUGGAACCCGUCCAGGUCCAGGAAACUGUGGAAAAUCACCUGAAGAGUUUGCUGAUCAAACAUUUCGACCCCCGCAAAGCAGAUUCCAUUUUCACUGAGGAAGGGGAGACCCCUGCCUGGCUGGAGCAGAUGAUUGCUCACACCACCUGGAGGGACCUGUUCUACAAGCUGGCCGAGGCCCACCCCGACUGCCUGAUGCUCAACUUCACAGUGAAGCUCAUCUCGGACGCCGGCUACCAGGGUGAGAUCACCAGCGUGCCCACGGCCUGCCAACAGCUGGAGGUCUUCUCCCGCGUCCUCCGCACCUCGCUGGCCACCAUCCUGGACGGAGGCGAGGAGAACCUGGAGAAGAACCUCCCCGAGUUUGCCAAGAUGGUGUGUCACGGGGAGCACACGUACCUGUUCGCCCAGGCCAUGAUGUCGGUGCUGGCCCAGGAGGAGCAGGGGGGCUCCGCCGUGCGCAGGAUCGCCCAGGAAGUCCAGCGCUUCGCCCAGGAGAAAGGCCACGAUGCCAGUCAGAUCACGCUCGCGCUGGGCACCGCGGCCUCCUACCCCCGGGCGUGCCAGGCCCUGGGCGCCAUGCUGUCCAAGGGGGCCCUGAACCCCGCCGACAUCACGGUCCUGUUCAAGAUGUUCACCAGCAUGGACCCCCCGCCCGUCGAGCUCAUCCGCGUGCCCGCCUUCCUGGACCUGUUCAUGCAGUCGCUCUUCAAGCCCGGCGCCAGGAUCAACCAGGACCACAAGCACAAGUACAUCCACAUCCUGGCCUACGCCGCCAGCGUGGUGGAGACCUGGAAGAAGAACAAGCGGAUGAGCAUCAACAAGGACGAGCUGAAGUCCACGUCAAAGGCCAUCGAGACCGUGCACAACCUGUGCUGCAACGAGAACAAGGGCGCCUCGGAGCUGGUGGCGGAGCUGAGCACCCUCUACCAGUGCAUCAGGUUCCCCGUGGUGGCCAUGGGUGUGCUCAAGUGGGUGGACUGGACCGUCUCCGAGCCGCGGUACUUCCAGCUGCAGACGGACCACACGCCGGUGCCGCUGGCCCUGCUGGACGAGAUCAGCACCUGCCACCAGCUCCUGCACCCACAGGUCCUGCAGCUGCUGGUGAAGCUGUUCGAGACGGAGCACUCGCAGCUCGACGUGAUGGAGCAGCUGGAGCUGAAGAAGACGCUGCUGGACAGGAUGGUCCACCUGCUGAGCCGAGGCUACGUCCUCCCGGUGGUCAGCUACAUCCGCAAGUGUCUGGAGAAGCUGGACACGGACAUCUCCCUCAUCCGCUACUUUGUCACCGAGGUCCUCGACGUCAUCGCCCCCCCGUACACGUCCGACUUCGUGCAGCUCUUCCUGCCCAUCCUGGAGAACGACAGCAUCGCGGGCACCAUCCGGACGGAGGGCGAGCACGACCCCGUGACCGAGUUCAUCGCCCACUGCAAGUCCAACUUCAUCCUGCUCAACUGACCCCGGGCUGCGCCCUCGCCGCAGCAGGAGGAUUCAGCCGGGUCCGGGGGAACCGAACCCGUGGCCGUCGCUCUCACCCCAUGAGCCGCGGGGGUCCGCGGCCUACCUGUUCGCUGACGAGGAGCUGU